UGGCCUUGAAUGCACUAAGAAAUUUGGAGUUUCUCUUCCCCUUCCCUUGCGUGCCCAUGAAAGAUUAAACUGAGAUAAGGAAACAAAUAUAGGGCUUUAACAUGAGCUGCUCUUUCAGCUUGCAAAUCCCCAAGGCUUUGCCUUGUCCCUCUCCUCAGCCUUACUGCAGAAAACCCCCUCUCUACAUUAUAGUUAAAUACAAACCAAUCCGCGCAGACAAGCUUGAUAGGAAAGUUACGAGCAUCAGUAGAAAGCCUGAAGACAACAAUGAUGUGAAGAAGUUCAGCUUGGCAGUUCAACUUGGUGCACUUUUGGCCACUGUUGAGCAGCCAGCAUUUGCAGUGACUGGGGUGAAUAAUGAGGAGGAUUUGAAAUGGGUUUUGAUACAAUUGGCAAUUGUUGCCUUUUGGUAUUUCCUCAUUAUGCCACCAAUAAUCAUGAACUGGCUUAGGGUAAGAUGGUACAGGAGAAAGCUCUUUGAGAUGUACUUACAGUUCAUGUUUGUCUUCAUUUUCUUUCCAGGGAUACUACUUUGGGCACCAUUUCUGAACUUCAGGAAAUUUCCAAGGGAUCCAUCCUUGAAGUAUCCAUGGUCUACACCUGAAAACCCAUCACAAGUCAAAAAUGCGUUUAGCAAGUACCCUUAUGCUACACCCGAAGAUUAUGACUGAAAAUUGCUUACAAUUCUUUCACAACUUAGGGCCCUUGGAAAGCUCCCUUGUAUCGAAUAACUUAAUGGGAUCUCUUCUGAGAAUCUUUUUUAUACAAUUAUUUGAACUCCGAA